AUGAGUAACUACAGGUCCCGCUCAUCCCUCUGGGAAAUGAUAUUUCGCAAGUUGUUUCCAAAACGCAAGUCUCUCUCAAGAUCAACUGGUUCUGAGACGAGCUGGUGCGGUGUUGAGCCCUCCAUGAUUGAUGAACACCAGGACGGAUUUUACAAAUACUCACAGGAAAUAUUGGAGCAAGAGAGACGCGAAGAGAUGAGACUACGAUCGUCAAAUAGCACCAGUGCCUCGUAUGCAUCGGCACUCAUGGGACCAACGGACAAACCUCCGCUUCCAUUCACCGUGAGCUCGCCUGAUUGGAACACUUUCUCGUCCUUCAUCAAAACCCUCGAAGGAAUCGAAGAUGAAUCCUCCCGCGAGUUCCUCAGCAGCGUUCUCUUGGUUUGGUCCAGGGUCUACUCGGUUUCCAAAGUUGUUGUGAUGGCUUUCAUGCACUACGGCGUGGAACUUGAUAACACUCCCGACAGCAUACUGGCUCAUAUCAAACGUGCUGAGGAACUUAUAGCCUCCAACUCGAUCAGUGACCUUAUCGACAUCGCAGAGAGCUUGUAUUACGCUCUGUAUGCCCGGCUCAUCAUGGAGAUUGCCGCUGCCAAUCUAUGUGCCUCGUUUACUCUAGAGUUCCGCCGCCUAGCCCCCAAGAGCGGUUCUUUCAUUCUUCCUGAGCCCGGCCAGCUGUGCAAAAUACUCUACAUCUGCAAGCGGACCUUAGAUGAGCCUAACGUGUGUAUUAACCUCAAUAAAGAACUCGUCACAGAACACCAGAAGAACUACAUCCGUCGCUCGGCGGAGAGAAUACAUGACGGAGCCUUCAUUUUGGACGAUCUCAUUGGAUACCGCGCUCAUGCAUUCAGCAUCAUCAACGACCAAUCCUCUGAGUUUUGUCAGUCAUGGAACAGAGAAGGUGUGCUGUAUGAGAUGCCACCAAAGGAUGUUCUUGCGCUCCAGUCUGAAAAAUAUCUUUGUUUUACCCCCAAACACGCGGUCCAACAGGUAGCUCCAGCGUUGAACCUUCCCUUCAUUGAGCCACAUACUAUCCCCAAGGAUGUCUGGGAUCGCGAGAUCAUUCUAGACAAUCGUCAGGCCACUCUAGCAAAGCUAGAAGGAAAAACCGUUGGAGAGCUACGUCGUAAAGACGGCCGACGCCGCUUGAUCGACCUGGUCCGGGAAAGGAAGUGUAUAUGCCGGUCAGUCUGCAUUUGCGCUCACGAGUGCACUUUAGACGUUGAGCGUCGUUGCCCCUGCUCCGAGCGGAUGUUGAGCCUCAUGGUCGCGAAACGCAGAAACAGUGUCGGGCCUCUUCCAUUCGGUCCCCGAUGCAGUGCCCUCGCCAAAUCGACCUUUCAGAGUAUAGCAUCCGUUCGGCCAGACGUGGAUGACCUGGAGCUUUCCGUGGAGAUAGACAGGGCCAUCAUUCUCCUUUGUGAAGAGAUCCGCAAGCAGCGGUCUGCAGCUGCCAUGACAAGCGGCACCAUCAUUUGA